AUGUAUAUUUUUAGACGAGCUGAUUGCCAACCAGGAGAUCAGAAUGAUCGCAUCUGCUCCUGCCACUUUAAGGAUGGUAAGAAGGAGGGGGACCCUGCAUAUUUUGCAUGGAAUGAAGGAAAGGCCAUGGAUUUCUCUGAUCCUGAAUUUACAAAAAGGAGGAAAAAACUCAAAAGUGAGGAGUCCCCGUCAUCUUCACAGAUGGACCAGUUGCAGAUUCCACAAGCACCAAAAUGUCAAUAUCAAGAAAAAUUGAUAUCAGAGCACAACUACUCAGCAUCCUGCACAUUUAACUGUACUCAAGAAAUGCAGCGCCUCUCAACAGAAAUACAACUGGAAAAGGAAUUGCUUGCCCUAAAAAUAGAGUCUAGUAAAAGGAAGCCAAUAUCAAUCCACGAUAUUAAAUACAACGAAGAGAAGGUAUCUGAUCAGCAGGGGCAUUUUCUCUAUAUAAGAAGAAAAUGGAGACUCCCUACCCACCUGAUGUAUUUUGUCGGACAGUUUUCUGUACAUUGCAGUCACCAAUAUAUCCAAAUAUCAUCACCGGCCCAGACGUCAUUCACUCCUUUGAAUUGUGCUGGUAGCAGUAAGGUGUCAUCAUUUGAGAUGGUCACAGUAUCCAAUACACUGAAGUCACAGGACUCAAAUUUCAUACAUGUUCACAGGGUCUCUGCCAAAAUCUUUUGAGGAUUUUUCCUCUGCUAGAGCAUCCAUGGAUGCAAUUGAAACAACCCAGGACAUCCCAACACAUAUGGAUAAUCAGGCCAUGGCCUACAGUAUGUACAAAAGUUGCCAUACUUUUAAAGCAGUAACUUGCGCGCUUCCAAAUGGUGCACUUACAUUUUGCUCCAUGCUGUACCCAGGUUCUACUUCUGAUGUAGCUAUUGUACGUCACAGCCAAGUUUUACGAAAGUUCAAAGCUGGAGACCUUAUUUUGGUGGUCAAAGGUUUCACCAUUCAUGACCAGUUGCCCCAGGGUGUCUGCUUAAUUAUAAAAGCUCUUUUAUCGACACGAGGCCAGUUUACCAUACAAGAAGCAGCACUGUGUUACAAGAUUGCUAAAGCACUUAUUCAUGUGGAAAGAGCCAACGAGAGGAUAAAGAAUUACGAGAUUCUCCGUCACAUACCAUCUACUUACAGACCAAUCUCAACAAAAUAUUUCAACUCUGUUCUUGUCUUGUAAACUUGCAAGCUCCACUUUUGAAAGAAAUUACUUAAAGAUAAAUGUACUUAUUAUAAAUUUGCAUUGGCAUGUGACAGUAUACACUAAACAGUGAAGAUAUUCAUACCAAAGUGCAAGGGAUAAGCAAAUUUUGAUUUGUUAUCAAUGUCAAUGGUUAUAUUUGUUAACUUUGUAGUAUGUUGUAAUACAUGUACUUCAGAAAAUGAAAAUCCCUUUUGUUA